CAAUACUCUAGGCGGUCUCAAUAUGCAGGCAUGUUGCCAAGAGCAAUAUUCCAACGGCUCAGAGCAAGCCAUUACGGAUGGUUCCGGCUGCAAUGACUGGCAAUGUUAUAACCCAAACACCGGAAACGUUGACGGAGGUAUCAACGUAAGCGAGUGUUGCCAAGUUACAUACUCUAAUGGCGCCGCCUACUCGGGGUGCAGCGGUGGUGAAUAUGGGUGGACUUGCUAUGCGCCGUAAUUUAUUUUUUGUCUAAUGAUGAUGUUGUUUGGCCGGGACUGGUUAUCAAGCUGGAUUGAACAUGGG